CCCGGCGGCCUCGCACCGGUCCCGAGCUCUCGGGAGGAGCGGCCGGGCCCGGGCCUAGCGUGGGGCCGGGCGGGAGGCGGGCGCGGCGGUGACCCUGAGGCUGCUUCUCUUCCUCGGCGUGGGCCGCGGGCCCCGCUCCCCUUCGUUGCCCGCGCCGCACGGGGUCUGCGGGCGUUGCUUGUGCCGGGAGGCGUGCGUUGGGCGCGGCGCUGCUGGCCGUGCGGCUGCAACCCCGUGCGUGCUCUGACCCCGGUGUGCUGGGUUAGCGUGCCCGAGAGCGGCGUUCCGCGACUGAACGCCGAAGUCCGUCCUUCCUUCCUGUGAUCCCAGCCCAUCGCAUAGGUUCCGCCCGACGGGGGAGAUUGUGAGGGUGCCUCCUUGCAUAUACACAAUAAAAAUGGCAGAAAUGUCUCCUGACCCUUCUGAGAAACUGGUCGUCAUCCACUCCAAAACUCACAAACAUACCGUUCUAGCUAACUUUGAAGAACAAAGGAAGAAAGAUUUUCUUUGUGACAUUACUCUAAUAGUGGAAAAUGUGCAAUUCAGAGCCCAUAAAGCUUUGCUCGCUGCCAGCAGUGAAUACUUUUCAAUGAUGUUUGUAGAGGAGGGCGACAUAGGGCAGUCGAUUUACAUGCUGGAAGGAAUGGUUGCUGAUGCCUUUGGAGCACUGCUGGAAUUUAUUUACACGGGUUAUAUCCAUGCUACUGAGAAAAGCUCGGAACAGAUUAUAGCUACUGCACAGCUCCUGAAGGUGAACGACUUGCUGAAGGCCUACAAUGAGUACCAGGUCAGCCGCAGCCCCGGAGGCACACUGCCAAUCCCUUCCAACAGCAGCACCUCUGUAGCGCUUACUGCAGGUGACAAAAAAAGUGAAGAGCUGCCCAAGCGAAAACGGGGGCGACCGAGGAAGAUCAAUAUUGUCCAAGAGGAAAAACCAGGAGCAAAUUUUGCUGAAGAUGUGCAGCUGAAGGAGAAUAACUCGAUGCAAAAUAAACAAAAUUUUAUGAAAAAAGACAUGGCAGCAGAAGGAAUAGUUGUCAGUGAACAAGAUCCAGCAAGGAAAGAUGCAGAAGAAACACAACCUGCUGGUGGAUCAGAACCUGCUGCCAAUCUGUCAGCUGAAAAAGAUGAGAAUUGUGAUCCCAGGUCGGAAGGAAUGCAGAGUGCUCAGAGCCGUUACAGCAAACGUAGGCUAAGGAGGUCAAUCAAACUAAAAGAUUAUAAACUUCUUGGUGAAGAGGAUGAAAAAGGACUGGCAAAGAGAACUGAUGGAAAAAGAAAACGUACAGGUUCUGAGGCUCGUUGUAAAGACUGUGGCAAAGUAUUUAAAUAUAAUCACUUUUUAGCUAUUCAUCAGAGAAGUCACACAGGAGAGCGCCCUUACAAGUGCAGUGAAUGUGGCAAAGGCUUUUCCCAGAAGCACUCUCUUCAGGUCCAUGAGCGGAUGCACACGGGAGAGCGGCCAUACACAUGCACUGUCUGCAAUAAGGCUCUGACAACAAAGCACUCUCUUCUGGAACACAUGAGCCUACAUACAGGGCAAAAGUCUUUUACAUGUGAUCAGUGUGGGAAAUACUUCAGCCAAAAGAGACAGCUCAAGAGCCAUUAUCGAGUACAUACAGGCCGUUCAUUGCCGGAAUGCAACCAGUGUCAUCGCAAAUUCAUGGAUGCAGCUCAGUUAAAGAAACAUCUAAGAACACAUACAGGUGAGAAGCCUUUCACUUGUGAAAUCUGUGGCAAGUCAUUCACAGCUAAAAGUUCUCUUCAGACUCACAUUAGAAUUCACAGGGGAGAAAAGCCAUAUUCUUGUGGGAUAUGUGGAAAAUCUUUCUCUGAUUCCAGUGCUAAGAGAAGACACUGCAUCUUACACACAGGCAAAAAGCCUUUUUCUUGCCCAGAAUGUAGUUUGCAGUUUGCUCGUCUGGACAACCUGAAGUCUCACUUGAAAAUUCAUAGCAAGGAGAAGCAGUUUCAAGAAGCCAGCACUGCUCCAAGCACCAACACUAAUUCAGAGGAAGUGAGAAAUAUUCUUCAGCUGCAGCAAUAUCAACUUGCCACCUCUGGAGGGCAGGAAAUUCAAUUGCUGGUUGCAGAUGCAGUGCAUAAUAUAAACUUCAUGCCUAGUCAUAAUCAAGGCAUUAGUAUUGUUGCUGCAGAAAGUGCCCCAAAUAUGGCAACAGGGCAUGCUACUAACCUCACGUUGCUUGCUCAGCCACCACAGCAGUUGCAAAACUUGUUGCUUUCAGCUCAGCAGGAGCAAGUGGAACAAAUCCAAAACAUCAGUGUGAUGGCAAACCAAAUAGAGACUGCUCAGCCUGAACAAAUGCACGUCAUCACCCUUUCCAAGGAAGCACUAGAACAUCUCCAUGCUCAUCAAGGGCAAAAUGGAGAAAUCCAUUUAGCAGGAUCUUCCCAUCCAGAUUAGCACAUGCAGCUGGCCCAGGAAUCAAGUCAAUCGUCUCACUCUAGCCAAGAUACAGUUCCUUCUCACUGAAUUAGUGAAGACAAGAAUUAAAAUGUAUAUAUUUCUGAAUCCUGCCAGGAGUCUGUGUCAGUAAAUAAGUCAGCUCAUGAGCAUCUGUGUGGGAACUGUUGAGUCAUGGCCUGAACCACUGAUUAAUCACCUGAGGCAAGGACUGGAUCAGCCGUUGGAGCACAGGUGAAGGCAAUUCAGCAGUGUGACCAGAAGGAGUGGAGUCUGGUUUCACCCCUCCUAGACCCCAUUUAAGGACUGACUAACACUUUUCAGCAGCAUCAUCUUAUCUGAACAUGUCUUGGUGAUUUUUGGUGGUGACUUUCCAUUUUCUUGACCUUAUUUAUUUUAGACUUUUUUUAUUGUUAUCAGUUGGUAUUUCUCCACCAUUUAGUCCAUACCUCACUAGCAAUUAAAGCUUUUUUUUUCCUGUGCCUCACACAAAUCCAUGGCUCCUGGGCAGUUACUUGACCCCUUAUUUGCAUUUCCAUGUGAUGUUCUAGGGAAUUGUACUUUGCUGGCUGAAGAACAGUGUUAAGAUGUCUGCUGAUCAGAAACUACAAUUUCUCUGAUGGAGUCAACAGUACCUGAAUUACUGUCAAGCUUAAGAUAAUGAGUAUGAUUUGCAAAGAUAACGCCUUAUAUCUUACAUCUAAUGAACUUUCUCUUUGUGAGUUAAUGUAUAACUUUCUCUGUGACCAUCCCCAAGUUGAUGGAGGGAAGAUUUAGGUUGGAUGUUAGGGGGAAGUUCUUUACUAGGAGAGUGGUUAGGCCCUGGAACGGGCUGCCCAGGGAGGUUGUGGAUGCCCCGUCCUUGGACGUGUUUAAGGCCAGGUUGGACGGGGUCCUGGGCAACCUGAUCUGAAUGUGUAUGUUUGGUGGCCCUGCUAGGCAGGGGGGUUGGAACUACAUGAUCCUUGGGGUCCCUUCCAACCCGGGUGAUUCUGUGAUUCUGUGAUCCCCGUAAGUGCAUUUUGAUUUAUUGAAUACCAAAUUUGGUUUGAGUUGAAAUUAUUUAAGCCUUUGGUUCUGAGUUGUCCUUUCUGUUUAUGGUACUCUUGAAGAGUUUUGCUCCUCAGAAAUGCUUCAGCCAUUGCACUUGAAUGGUGGCAGUGCAAUGCAGUGAUUAUUCUGGACAGCUGAACAGCCCACAUUCUGUUAAUUCCACCACUCGCUCGCUGUGUGACAGUGAGCAAGGCAGUUGACCUCUGUGCCUUAGUUUCCCAUCUAUGAGGUGGGGUAAUGUUCGCGCACUCUGCCAAGCACUUUGAAGAGCUCUUGAUGUGGAAGGCACUGUCUAUUGAAGUGCGGAAUUCUCUUCCUGACAGGCCUCAGUCUAAGCUUAGGAGCCAGUUUCUAUUUAAAGUGUUAUUUUUUUGUACUUUUGAGAGCAGAAUGUAAUGUUACUUUUAAUAUAUGUUCAAGCUGGUAAUUGUUCAUGUCCCCAUACAAACAAUGAAUGGAACAACUUCAGAGCAUAAUGAGCUAUAUAAAUGGGGCAUAUAGCGUUAAAUUGUACGGCUAUUUUUGUUGGCUAGAUUAGAUGUGUACAGAUUGUUUUUAAUGACUGCUGACAAAAAGAGAUAUGACAACUUAAUAAAAUGCCAUGUCAGAGUU